AUGCAAAUUAAUAGUGAUGCAGAGGGUGACCCAGUAGAUGAAACUUACUACAAGCAGAUUGUAGGAAGUCUCAUGUACCUUACAUCCACCAGGCAUGGUUUGAUGUAUGCAACUAGUUUGUUGAGCAGAUAUAUGGCAAAGCCUACAGAACUUCAUUUACAAGUUGCCAAAAGAGUUCUAAGAUAUUUGAAAGGAACUAUGAAUCUGGGAAUAUUUUACAAAAUGAGCAGUCAAGGUAAGGAGUUGAAGGCCUAUAAGGACAGUGAUUAUGCUGGUGAUGCAGAAGACAGAAAGAGUACAAGUGGGUACACUUUUCUACUCACUUUAGGAGCUGUUGCGUGGAGCUCAAAGAAACAACCUAUAAUCACACUUUCUACUAUAGAAGCAGAAUUUGUAGCAACAACUGUUUGUGCUUGUCAAGCUAUUUGGAUGAAGAGGAUACUUAUGGUUCUCGGUCAUGAAGAAAGGGAUUGCAUAAGCAUAAAUUGUGAUAAUAGUUCCACCAUCAAGCUGUCCAAAAACCCAGUUAUGCAUGGACGCAGCAAACACAUUGAUGUUCGGUUUCACUUCUUAAGAAACUUGUCCGAAGAAGGAGUUAUCUCUUUAGUCCAUUGUGCAAGUGUUGAUCAAGUUGCAGAUAUCAUGACUAAGUCGUUGAAAGCAGAUGCAUUUCAAAAGCUUAGAACUUCACUAGGAAUGUGUGACAUUGCACUAGUAAGCUAA